AAGUCAUGUAACACAACAACAGUGGUCAAGUGCGAAAGUUUGAAACUGGAAAUUGCAACUUUCCAAUUAUCUGUACGGCGACUGUGUAUGGUGAGGGGAAGAAUUUAACAACAAAUACGAUGUCUUUAUCACAACUCUCUGGUAGCGGCCGCGUUAGUGCAAAGGUCAAGUCAAUAUUGAAGCUUUAUCGUGAUUCUUGCUAUCCCCAAAUUGCAAAUAUGGCUGAUUACAGGAUCGAGAAAGACACUUUUGGAGAACUCAAGGUCCCCUCAGACAGAUACUAUGGAGCCCAGACUGUUAGAUCCACCAUCAAUUUUCCAAUUGGUGGCGAAUUUGAAAGGAUGCCGUAUCCAGUGAUAACGGCAAUGGGUAUUCUGAAGAAAGCAGCAGCCAUCGUUAACAAGGAAUUUGGUCUUGAUGCCAAAAUUUCCGAUGCUAUUUCCAAAGCAGCUGAUGAAGUUAUUUCUGGAAAGCUGUAUUGUGACCAUUUUCCUCUUGUUAUCUGGCAGACCGGUUCUGGUACACAGACAAAUAUGAAUACCAAUGAAGUCAUAAGCAAUCGAGCCAUAGAACUGUUGGGCGGCAAACUCGGCUCGAAGGACCCCGUCCACCCCAACGAUCACGUGAACAAGAGCCAGAGCAGCAACGACACCUUCCCCACGGCCAUGCACAUCGCCGUCGCCAUGGAGAUCGAGCACACGCUCAUGCCGGGGCUCGCCAUGCUGGCCGACGCGUUGGACAAGAAGGCCAAGGAGUUCGCGCCGAUCAUCAAGAUUGGGAGGACGCACACGCAAGACGCGGUGCCGCUGACGUUGGGCCAGGAGUUCAGCGGCUAUGUGCAGCAGAUGCGGUUCGGGAUCGACAGGGUGAAGGCUACUUUGCCGAGAUUGAACAUGUUAGCUUUGGGUGGUACUGCGGUUGGUACUGGUCUUAACACAAGAAAAGGAUUUGCAGAAAAAUGUGCCGCUCAGAUAUCCGAACUGACAGGCCUACCUUUCACUUCUGCACCAAACAAAUUCGAGGCACUUGCUGCCCAUGACGCCAUGGUCGAAGUUUCUGGGGCGCUGAAUGUUGUGGCGUGUUCUAUAAUGAAAAUCGCCAAUGAUAUCAGAUUUCUGGCUUCCGGCCCGCGUUGCGGCUUGGGAGAACUCUCGCUGCCCGAGAACGAGCCGGGCAGUUCGAUCAUGCCGGGCAAAGUGAACCCCACCCAAUGCGAGGCCAUCACCAUGGUGGCAGCGCAAGUGAUGGGCAACCACGUGGCCGUCACGAUAGGCGGUUCGAACGGCCAUUUCGAGCUCAACGUGUUCAAGCCGAUGAUGGUGGCCAACGUGCUCAGGUCCAUCAGGCUGAUCGGCGACAGCUGCAAGGCCUUCACGACCAACUGCGUGGAUGGGAUUCAGGCUAACAAGGAGAGGAUCGAUAAGCUGUUACAUGAGAGUUUGAUGUUGGUUACUGCUUUGAAUCCGCAUAUCGGGUACGACAAGGCAGCGUUGAUUGCGAAGACGGCGCACAAGGAUAAGUCCACGUUGAGAGAGACUGCUAUCAAGCUGGGGAUUCUCACCGAGGAACAGUUCAACGAGUGGGUGAAGCCGGAAGAAAUGUUAGGGCCUAAGUAAGUCCGUUUACUUAUGUUUUGUAUAUACUAUAUCGAAUUUUUGUUGUUAUUGAAAUUAAUAUUUAUUUAUACUCCCCAU